AGUGAGCCUCUUGUGACAGGAGGCCGUGUAAACAAGGAGUCAGCCAGCAGGAGGGGAGAGCGCUGAGCGAGGCGGGCGGGCCCGGCGGCAUGAUGAGCAAGGAGCAGCUCCAGCUGUUGCUGACUGAUCACUGAGCCAGGAAAACGUAACCAGCCCUGAUCCUAGGGAAAGUCAGAGCCCUCUCCAAGGCUAGCCAGGCACACUGCACUCAGACACCUGCACUCAUGCUAACAGCAGCCGGACACUGACCUAGCAGCAGAAGCAGCAGCAGUAGAUCUGUACACGUUUUGCUUCCUGUUGUGCUGUAAGUGCAGCCCAGCCACAGCAAUGGGUAAUGGAAUGAAUAAGAUUCUCCCUGGGUUGUUCAUUGGAAAUUUUAAAGAUGCUCGGGAUAUUGAACAACUACACAAGAAUAACAUUACUCACGUUUUGUCUAUACAUGACAGUGCCAGACCUAUGUUAGAGGGUAUGAAAUAUCUCUGCAUUCCAGCAUCAGAUUCACCAAGUCAAAACUUGAUACAACAUUUUAAAGAGAGUACAGAGUUUAUUCACAAAUGCCGAUUGAAAGGUGAAGGCUGUCUCGUUCACUGUUUGGCAGGUGUUUCCAGAAGUGUGACUUUGGUAGUCGCGUAUGUCAUGACAAUCACAGAUUUGGGAUGGGAAGAUGCUCUGGCCGCUGUUAGAGGUGCAAGAACAUGUGCCAACCCAAAUAUGGGUUUUCAGAAACAACUCGAGGACUUUGGAAAACAUGACGUACAUCACCUCAGAAAGUGGCUGAAGGAGACAUACGGAGAAAGUCCUUUCCUUGAUGAGGAUGAAGCCAAACAACUUGCUGCCAAACAUAAGCAACAAGAGGAGGAAUCCAGCGCUGGGACUUCAAACCGACAGUGGAAUCACUUAACCCCUCUCUCAUCUCUUGCUUACAGCAAUUACACGACAGAGACAUAAGUUUCUACUGUAGCACUGUAUCUACUGUCUAAUGUACUUUACACAAGUCACCAUUCAAAAGUAUAUAAGCAGACACCACAUUGGUUAUUGGCAUCCAAUGAAAGUAAAGAUUCAGUAUAAUAUAACAUGUCUUAAGAAAGUAUAUUGAUGUCUAUAUCACGGCAGAGAAGAGCAGUGUAUUCCAGAAGUGCAAUCUAGAGUGUGAAUAAAAAUCUAUACUGAUCUUGGAAGAGGGUUAAUUCCACUAUUGUGUUUUCUUGGCAUCCUGGCACUUUAUUAUAUGUGUAUCUACACAAGUCCCCUGAAAGCUUUGUUAUAAGCGAGCACUGUAUUAUAGCUUUUACUGUGCUUCUGUUUUUAAUGUAUAGUUUUAAAGUUUCUACCUCAAGAUGCCAUUUAUUUGUACAGUUACCAAAUUGAGCCAUUUGCUCUCCUAGCCAGUAAUACAAGUUGAUUUUUUUUCUCAGGUAGAGUAAAAAGGGAGAUGGUUGAACCACUGGGUUCCAGGAUAGAUCUGCUGUUUCUAUGGUGCCAUAAUAGACUCAGGUAAUGAAUACAUUAUGUUCUCCCCACUGGCCGGGUACAAUAGCAAGGGUCUCUUUUACCUGAAAUAAUUUUCUCAUUAAUACUGCUGAAUACAUAAUUUUGCUAAAUAAAUGUAGGAUUAUUAGAUGUUGCAGCUCUUCAUGAAAAUAUACUGUGCUAAAUACAAGGAAAUAUAGUUAAAACAAAACUAUACCAAUAUCAUACUUAAUAAGAAACAUCAUGUAAACCUACUACUGUGUAAUGUAUUAUGUGAAAGAAACAUUUUCUUAAUGUUUAUGUAAAAUGGCAAAUAAUUCCACAGUGCAUUGAAAUAUGGCAAAUCCGUGAUAUACAGAUAAAUGUAUCGAGGCUUUGGGGAAUCAAAAACCAUAAACUAAGUCAUAUUUGCAGAAACAUAUCAGUCCUAGUAAGGACUUUGCACUAUAAUAACAAAACAAAAAAAGUACUUAAGGUGACAAAUGCACAUUUUUGAAACUGCUAUGGUGACUUAGUGACAUGGGAUUCUCUUGUGUGCACAUCUUCUCUCCAUCACUGGAUUCUUCCUCAUAAUGUCACUGGUCAUAUAUAUGUUACUUUGUUAGGAAAAACCUUGAACUUGGCAUAUGACAGAGGCAAGAAUACUUUCUUUUAUGUAUGUGGUUGCUUAAAUAAAAGUUUAUAUUUAUCAGAA